AUGGCCAAAGUGACAAACCCAGGACAGGUCCAGCGAAAGGGUACUAUUGAACCAUUUGAAAUUAUGUACAACAAGCGAGAGCCUCCUCACUGGUUGGAGUCUCUGGUUCAGGGACAGGGCAUAAGACCAGCACAGAAGAAUCAUCAGGGCAAGCCCAUUCAGGCCACCUCAUACUUUCAAGCAAAUCAGCUCCACUGCCUCCAGUUGGAGACAGGCCUGACACAGAUAUAUUUGGCUGCAACUGAACAAAGGGAGAAGGUGUGA